UCGGUUUAACUCCAAUGAAUGUAUUUAAAUUUUAAAUCUUCCAAUGAUUGGGAAUUAUUAUAUUAUUCAAGUAACAAGGAAGGAAAGUAAGCAUUAUAAAAAAGAUACACAAUUAUAUCCAUAUUUAGCUAUUUUUCGAUUUAAAAUCGGUAUUUUAUUUUAUUGUGUAGUUUAUAAGAAGAUAUCGGCAACAUUGAAUUCAGAACGUCAAGUUAUCAGGUUAAUACUUGUAUAUUCAUAUAAUUUUGAAAAACGUAAGGAGUAUGGGUAUUCUAAAAUGUGUUAUACAUUCGGGGUCAUGUGUUCGUACAUGUAACUAAACAAAUAUCACGCAAGGUUCUAAAGUUUCAUUUUAAUGUCACUUUUAAUUAGCGUCUGAAUUUCAAAAUAUUUUUACAUGUACAUAAAUAUUCAUUCAUUUACUGACAUUUAGUGGAAUAGAGCAUUUCGUUUCUUCCUAAAGACCUUCAUUCAUUGAUUAUACCAAUGGAUUGCAUGAAAAUACAGUUUAUAGCGACGGUUUUGUGCGUGGCUAUGUAUGUGAUCACUUUCUCGAGUGCUGACCAACAAAACUCCAGUAGCUUUCUCACUAGUUAUGCCAAACACCAAAACAUCUGCGAUAAGAUAGGAUGGGAACCCAAAUGUGGAAAAGGUAGAAAAGAAGACUGCCAAGGAAAAGCAAUCGCCUUUCAUGCAAUUUUGUCUAAAAGACUUACCAACGUGCCUAAACACACCAUCAUCAAGUUUGAAAACGUUGAGGUCAACGAUGGAAAUGGUUAUAACCGGACCACCGGUAAAUUUACUGCCCCUGUGGAUGGCCUCUAUUCGUUUUUAUGGACCUACCAUAUACCUAAAGAUUCCAAGGUGUACCUUUUUGGAUAUGUGGAUGGAAAGCCAAGAGCGAGUUCCGGAACUCGAGCGACAAAUGUGCAGAAUACGUCGGGCCAUUUUGUAGCAAAACUGAAGAAAGGAGACAAGUUUUGGAUCCAAAUUGAACACUUUACUGCUACUAUUAUAUUCGAAAGUUAUACAUACUUGUCAGGUUAUAAAAUCAGUGGGUGUUGA